GUAGUGUCAAGUGAGCUAGGGCCGCUGCAUCGGCGCCCGGAUGUAGUGACAAAUGAGAAAGGGUUCUCGCAUUUGCUUGGACGGAUGUGGGUAAAGAAGUUAGUCCAACAUCAAAAUCAAAACCAAAACCAAAACCAAAACCAAAAACAAAAUCAAAAACAAAAUCAAAUUCAAAGUCAAAGCCAAAAACAAAAUCAUAGAUUAAGGAUUGGGUCAUGGAACAUAGGAACAUUAACAGGCAAAGCUAUGGAAGUGGUAGAUGUGAUGAUUAGGAGAAAGAUUAAUAUUAUGUGCCUUCAAGAGACGAGAUGGGUAGGGAAAAAAGCAAAAUUUUUGUCAGAAAAUGGAUAUAAAAUAUGGUACACAGGAAAUGAUCGAGCAAAAAAUGGAGUGGGGAUUAUUAUGGAUAAAAGCUUAGUAGAUGAGGUAGUGGAUGCAAAGAGAAUAGGGGAUAAGAUUAUUAUGGUGAAGGUUAUUCUAGGAAGAAUGACUAUGAAUAUCUUUAGUACAUAUGCACCACAGACGGGGUUAGGUGAGGAGAUAAAAGCAAAAUUCUGGGAGGACCUAGAGGGACUCAUACAAAUGAUACCAAGAGGAGAGAAAGUGAUUAUAGGAGGUGACUUAAAUAGUCACGUGGGUAGAGACGGAAACGGCUAUAGAGAGGUACAUGGAGGGUAUGGAUUUGGAGAAAUUAAUAAUGAGGGUAAGUCUAUUCUAGAUUUUGCAAUGGCAUAUGGGCUCAUCAUAACCAAUACUAGGUUCAAAAAACGGGACGAACACUUAAUCACAUAUAAAAAUGUCACAUCAAGCACCCAAAUAGAUUACUUCCUCAUGAGACAAGAGGACCAGGUAUGUUGUAGGGAUUGUAAGGUGAUACCGGGAGAGUGUUUGACUACUCAACAUAGACUUCUAGUACUUGACGUCUCACAUAAAACAAAAUCCAAGAAUCAGAUGGUGGGAUUUAAAAGGGGAGAAACAACUAAUCUUCAAAGAAAAACUAAGGGGCAGAAGGGAAUGGAAUGGAGAAGGACAAACAAACCAAAUGUGGAAAGAAAUAACUAACGCCCUGAGAAGCACGGCAAAGGUAGUCCUUGGAGAGACAAAUGGUAGAGCCCCUAACCUUAAGGAGUCUUAGUGGUGGAAUGAAGAGGUACAAUUGAAAAUUAAAAAUAAGAAAACUUGCUAUAAGGCUGUAUAUCAAUGCAACAAUGAAGAAAAUCAAAAAAAUUAUAAAGAAGCAAAAAAGGCAGCAAAAAGAGUUGUUAGUGAAGCAAGGUCAAAAGCAUAUGAGAAUCUAUAUAAAUGACUUGAUACAAAAGAUGGAGAAAGGGAUAUAUAUAAAUUAGCUAAAGCAAGAGAAAGAAAAACACAGGAUUUAAAUCAAGUAAAAUGCAUAAAAGAUGAAAAUCAAAAUGUAUUAGUGAAUGAGGGAGUGAUUAAGGAGAGAUGGAAGGAGUAUUUCACAAAAUUAUUCAAUGAUGGUGGCGACACAAGAGUUAGGUUGGGACAUCUUAGUAACUCCGAAGGGAACGUGAGCUAUACAUUUUAUCGACGCAUAAGUUCAAAUGAAAUAAGGCAAGCAUUAAAAAAGAUGAAAAAUCAUAAGGCGGUAGGACCAGAUAAUAUACCAAUAGAAGCAUGGAAAUGCAUAGGAGAAUAGGGCAUCUCCUGGCUAACACAAUUAUUUAACGCGAUCCUUAAAUCAAAAAAUAUGCCAGAUGAGUGGAGGAAGAGUACUUUGGUUCCUAUAUACAAGAAUAAAAAAGAUGUUCAAAACUGUGAAAACUACAGAGGAAUUAAGUUAAUGAGCCAUACCAUGAAACUCUGGGAGAAAGUAAUAGAGCAGAGGCUCAGAAAAGAAACAAAGGUCUCAGAAAAUCAGUUUGGUUUCAUGCCUGGUAGGUCAAUAAUGGAAACUAUAUACCUACUGAGAUGUCUAAUGGAAAUGUAUCGAGAUCAU